CCGUCUUCCCUGUGCUCAAUAAGUGUCAACAGUCAAGGCAGGGCCAAGAUAUCUUUCACAGUACUGCUCUAGCUAUAUAAAACCUUGGGCAAUACUUUUUUUUCCCAUUUUGCAUGUGAAAAUUUUCACAAUUGCUAGUUUCUCCAACACCGCAAAAAUUGACCAACCCUUUCCGAAGCUCCCUGUCUGACGCUCCACGGAGCUUGGAACCUGCAUCUAUCGCUAUAUCUACAAUCAACAAAAAGGCGAAGCGGUAAAAAUGGCGGACCGCGGCUUUCCUGCUGUUGCAGAUCCUCCUCAAUUCCAGGAGGAAACCUCAAUGCAAAAAUUCAAACGCCGACUCAAAGAAGAGCCUCUCAUCCCACUAGGAUGCGCCGCAACAUGCUACGCCUUAUACCGCGCGUACCGCUCGAUGAAAGCCAAAGACUCAGCCGAACUCAAUCGGAUGUUUCGUGCCCGUAUCUACGCGCAAUUCUUCACAUUACUAGCCGUGGUCGCCGGAGGCAUGUACUACAAGUCGGAGCGGCAACAGCGACGCGAAUUCGAGCGGAUGGUUGAAGAGCGCAAAGCGCAGGAGAAACGGGAUGCGUGGCUACGGGAGUUGGAGGCAAGAGAGAAAGAGGAUAAGGGCUGGCGAGAGAGACAUGCUGCGGUGGCGGAGGCGGCUAAGGAUGCUUCUGCCGGUGGUAAAGAGGCUGCGAAGGGGAAGGAGGAGGAGUUGAGGUCGAAAGACGGGGUUGAUAAGAAGCCUGUGGACCAGAAUGUGAACCAGGCGGUUCAUGAGAAGGGCGAUGAGAAGAAGGGCUUGGGUAUAUUGGAUGCUGUAAAAGCGUUGGUAGGGAAGAAGGAUUCAUGAGGUGGGAAUCUUGGGAUGAGAGAUAUUACCUAGGAGCAUCGAUUGACUUGAUGCAUGUGGUCAAUUGAUUUUGACCUGGGAGGAAGAUUAGCGACUCCACUCGAACUAUGUAUAAUCUAUGUACAUAUAUGUAUUUUUUUUUAUAAUUCUUUAAGAUGUCCUGACUGCGAUAAAAGUUAGCUUCCUUAUUUCUGUUUCAAGAUAGC